AUGCUCCGGUCUUUCGUUGUAUCCUGCGGCUUUCGGUGCCGUUCGUUUGAUUUUUUUCCCUUUACACCACCUGGGCAAGGACCGCCAAUAACAAAAGCGGGAAGCAGAUACCGGGAACAGUCGUAUCAGAUACGAGUACUAUAUGUAUGCCCGGCUAGAGCGUGGUGUUGUGAAGGGGAAAAAAUGAGCAAUGGUGUUCCAAAUCAACACGGCUCGGGAAAAUGUUGA